AUGGAUGCUCUGCUGGGAAAAGACUUCAAAACUGCCAAAUUCAAAAGCUUAGUUGAACUUGUUUCCUUGAGAAUAGCUGUUUGGGAGAAGCAGCACCAUCUCCGGUGCAUGCAAGCCCAGUCUGAUGUCGUUGCUCUCCUCAAACUUGGGCACCAAGAAAGCGCUCUUCUUCUCGUUGAGCUUGUAAUCACAGAACAAAACAUGUUAGAUGCAUAUUCCAUGAUAGAAAACUUCUGCAAUCUUCUGGUAGAAAGAGUGGUGCUAAUUGAAAGCAAGAGAGAAUGUCCUGAUGAGCUAAAGGAAGCGAUAUCAAGCUUGAUAUUUGCAGCCUCAAAAUGUGGAGAAAUGCAAGAUUUGGAAAAGAUUAGUAGCAUGUUUGUGAAAAGAUAUGGUAAGGAGUUUGCAUCUAAUGCAGUUGUUCUGUGCAAUAAUUGUGGAGUUUCUCCAAAGAUUGUUUUGAAGCUUUCGACCCACAGACCAAACACAGAAAGAAAACUGACAAUGCUGAAGGAAAUUGCUGUUGCAAACGGGAUCGAUCUUCAUCAUGAGGGAGAUCGGGAUCAGUCUCAAACGGUUACUCAGGACACAAAUGAGAAGCAGCUUAUUCCCCAUGAAUCAGCUAACAAAGAUGGCCAAGAACACUGCAUUGAUCAUUUGUCCACGGAGCGAAAACAAGGUGAGAAAAUCCAUGAACAGGUUAUGGAAAGGUGGAAAUACAAAAAUUUCAAGGCUGCAGCUCAAGCGGCUUAUAAAUUGGCUGCUCAUGCAGCAGUGGCCGCCAAAGCAGCACUUGAAUUGUUGCAGCCUUUGGAUGGAGACCAUGAUCAUCCGAGGAAAUCUAAUGAAAAAAAAUACGAGACUCAGUUUGAUGACCAGCCUUCAAAAUCAGGAAUUUCAAUUCAAGGGUAUGGGAAUUCGGAGAGGAAGAAUGACUUAGAGAGGGGUAUAUUCUAUGCUAAAGUCAUACCUAGCUCAAGUCCAAGACAUGAAAAAACCGAAACAAAUACUGGAGGCCAUCUAAAGGAGGACUAAAU